AGUUCGGGAUGUGUUGAAAUUAUGGUGCAGGAGAGGCCCACAGCUACUGGCAUUUCAGGCUGUGAGUCUGAGGUGCUAAAGGUAAGUGGAGGCAGACAGAGGUUUGAGUGUUCUUGGAAUAGAGAUAUGUUGAAAUUGUGACUAAUAAAAUCACAAAAGGAGAAAGCAAAGACAGUGAAAAAAAGAACUUCAUGUGUGUCUACCAUUUCUCUUGUUGCAUAAAAAACAAAUUAAAACCCCAAACUCGGUGUCCGAAAACAACUUCAGCUUAUUAUUUCUCAGGAUUCUGUGGGUUGACUGGGCAGUUCUACUUCUGGUCUCACCUGGAGUUACUCAUAUAGCUGGUGAAUCAUCUAGGCAGUAGGCCCACCUAGGCUUUAGCUUGGGAGCCUUGGCUCUCAUCCAUAUGUCCUCUCUGCAUGGCUAGCUUGGGCUUCCUCACAGCAUGGCAGUCUCAAGGUGGUGUGCCAAGAGCUACAGAGGUGCUUCUUCUUAUGGUGUCAUUUCUGCCAUAGUCUAUUGGUCAAAGCAAGUCACAGGCCAGCAAAGAUUCAGGAGAAGGAAAAAUGGAUUCCACCUCUUGAUGAGAAGAUUGGCAAAAUAUCAUCACAAAAGCUCAACAUGUAUGAAGCUUUGCCAGGCCCUGUUCCUGAAAAUGAAGAUGGCCUUGUGAAAGUAAAAGAGGAAGAUCCCGCCUGGGAGCCGGUGUGCAAAUUACAGGAGAGCAGCCCCCACACUCAGGAGCUUUGCCGCCUGCGCUUCCGGCAGUUCUGCUUCCAUGAGGCUCCUGGGCCCCGGGAGGCUCUGACCCAACUCCGAGAACUUUGCCAUCAAUGGCUGAGGCCAGAGGUACACACCAAGGAGCAGAUCUUAGAGCUGCUGGUGCUGGAGCAGUUCCUGACCAUCCUGCCGGAGGAGCUCCAGGCCUAUGUGCGGACGUAUACUCUGGAGAGUGGGGAGGAGGCAGUGACAACACUGGAGAAUCUAGACACAAGACGUGGAGACACAGGACAGCAGGCCUAUGUCUACAUUCAAGGACAAGACAUGCACCCAGUAGUGACAGAAUAUCAAGGAGCCUCUUUGGAGUGUCAGAGCCUCCAGCUCCUUCCUGGGGUAACCACCCUGAAGUGUGAACUGCCACAGCUUCCCCAAGAGAACACCCAAGAAGUGAGUGGGCCUGCUCCCCAGGAACCAGCCCUUCCUCAGGAAGAAAGCCCCAGGGACAAGAUAGCAGCACCUGAGUUUAACCCAGCUGGAUCCCAGACAUCAGUGAAGACUGAGGAAGAAGCAUCCCAGGGCCUUGCCCCAGAGGAGUGGCCACAUCUGAGUCUGGCUCAGAGGAACCCCUGCGAGAACUCAGCUCAGGAGAAGGUUACAGGCCUCAGUCUGAUGACUGAAGAAUGUGUAACUGAAGAUGAAUUGUUUAAUACAAAGCAAGAAACUUCUGAAGAAAUGGAACAAGGUGGGGAGGCCUCAGGAAUACCCAACAGAGACAGUAUACCCCAGAUCCCUUGUAGUACUCCUGUCUCUACUGAAAGGACAGUUGUGCAUUUGAACACUCUGAAGGACCGUCACCCAGGUGACUUGUGGGCCCGGAUGCACAUCUCAUCCUUAGAAUAUGCUGCAGGCGACAUUACCCGAAAAGGGAGAAAAAAAGACAAAGCUCGGGUGACUGAACUGCUCCAAGGCCUUGCAUUUUCUGGUGAUUCGGAUACGGAAGAAGACAAUGAGCCUGAGAGCCAGCCUGCUCAGAAGAAGCUAAAGGUAUCAAGUGUACCUGGGAAGAAAUGGACCAAAAGAGACAUUAAACCUGACUUUCCUAGCUGGUCAGUACUGGAUUCUGGACUUUUGAACCUCAAGAGUGAAAAGUUGAACCCGGUAGAGCUCUUUGAAUUGUUUUUUGAUGAUGAAACAUUCAACUUGAUUGUCAAUGAAACCAAUAAUUAUGCUUCUCAGAAAAAUGUCAGCUUGGAAGUCACAGUUCAGGAAAUGAGGUGUAUAUUUGGUAUCCUGCUUUUGAGUGGAUUUGUAAGGCAUCCCAGAAGGGGAAUGUAUUGGGAAACCUCUGAUGCCGAUCAGAACCUGGUUAGAAAUGCAAUUAGAAGGGACAGAUUUGAAUUGAUUUUCUCAUACCUACAUUUUGCAGAUAAUAGCCACCUAGAUCAAAAAGAUAAGUUUACAAAAUUGAGGCCUCUCAUAAAGCAAAUGAAUAAAAAUUUCCUCUUGUAUGCUCCCCUAGAAGAAUACUAUUGCUUUGAUAAGUCAAUGUGUGAAUGUUUUGAUAGUGACCAAUUCCUGAAUGGAAAGCCUAUUAGAAUUGGCUAUAAAAUUUGGUGUGGUACAACCACACGGGGUUAUCUGGUUUGGUUUGAGCCCUAUCAAGAAGAAGCAACUAUAAAGGCAGAUAAGGAUCUUGACCUUGGGUUAGGUGGAAAUCUAGUGAUGAACUUUGCUGAUGUUCUUUUAGAGAGAGGUCAGUAUCCCUAUCACCUGUGUUUUGAUAGUUUCUUUACAAGUGUCAAAUUGAUGUCAGCUUUGAAGAAGAAGGGGGUGAGGGCAACAGGAACAAUUUGUGAGAACAGGACUGAAAAAUGUCCACUUAUGAAUGCAGAACAUAUGGAAAAAAUGAAGAGGGGGUAUUUUGAUUUCCGAGUGGAAGAAAAUGAUGAGAUAAUUUUGUGUUGUUGGCAUGGUGAUGGCAUUAUCAGUCUGUGUUCCAACGCUGUAGGCAUAGAACCAGUCAAUAAGAUAAAUUGUUUUGCUGCUGAUGAAGAGAUCUCUCAGAUAAGUCAACCAUCCAUAGUGAAAUUGUAUGAUGAAUGCAGGAAAGGUGUAGCUAAAAUGGAUCAAAUUAUUGCCAAGUACAAGGUGAGGAUAAGAAGCAAGAAAUGGUACUCAAGUCUGGUGAGCUACAUGAUCGAUGUAGCCAUGAACAAUGCGUGGCAACUGCAUAGAGCCUGUAACCCGGGUGCCUCUCUAGACCUCUUAGAUUUUCGGAAAUGUGUGGCUCAUUUCUACUUGGAACAUAAUGCUAAUCUGUCAGAUUAAGGCAGAGAAAACAGACACAGUGUAGACAUUCACAAGACAGAAAAUUAUAACUAAAUGUAGGUUGUACCCUCCCAAAGCAAAUUUGAUAUAUGUAAUGAAAUUAAGUUAUUAAGUAAUAUUUUAAAAAUCAGACAUUUAUAUAGAGUUGCAAAGAAUAUUAUAACUAGUAAUGUUUAAAAAUUAUCUGUGAAAAUGUUGAACUCCAGUGGUACCUUUCUCUAUGUCUAAUUUUAUGUCAGACAUGGGAAAUCAUUUAUUUGUUGAUUAUUUUGUGCAUUUAAAGAAUGAAAUCCUGCUUCUUUUUAAAAAAAUUUUUUUUCUAGAGAAUGCCAUUUAAAAAUGCAGGCAAUGUCACAGCAACUAUAGAAUGGCACUGAAUCCAUAGUCCAAAUUCAAGACAGAGCCUAUGAAGUAAGACUGAUUUAAACAAAACCUGGGUGGUAAUAGGCUAAAAACCUCAGCAUUGGUGUCAAACUGGUGGGUCAGAUUGUGUAUAGGUAAGAAAGGCCAGGCAGGGAUAUUGAAGAAGGAAGGUACUGUAAAGGGAAAACCAGAGACGAAGCAAGCACUGCUUUUGAAUAUUGAAAUGAAAGGUGUCCUAUUCUGACUGUGUGAGUUGGCAGCAAAAGUCAAAAGAGUAAAGAAAAUGGAGAAAACAUGAAGCAAAUCAGAGUAACAGUAGUAACAGUGACUCUAUUGUUGACAGUAAAGUACAGGAUAACAGUAGAGUUAAGAGGACAUGAAGCCCAUGUUGAAAUCACCUAAGGAGAUAAGUGAGUGUCUAGGAUUAAGGUCAUCAGUGAUAGAUAACACAAGAAGAAAUACUAGAUUAAGUCAUUAAGUUUUCCUCAUUUUUUUUUAUACUCGUUCUGUAGAUGAGAAAACAGGCGUAGUGGUUAAGUAGCAUUUUCAAAUUCACAUAGGUAGGAGGUGGUGCAGCCCUUGGCGCCAAUAUUGAGAAUCAACUUGUUUUAUGUUUUUUGUUUCUAGUUUGUCUUUUGUUGUGUUGUUGUUUUCGUACUUUUCUAUAUAAAACCCCAAAAAGUCACAUUGCAGGAAUGGUCAACACCUUUGUAAUUGCAAAGGGCUAUAGCUUAGCAAAGGACAUUCCUAGGGUUCCUGUAGAUCUAUGCCAAAAGAAUGAUCACUUUGUCUACCCUGCCCUGCCAUUGUACUGAACACCUAUGGUAUUUCUGUGCACACCACGUUUAUGGUGCUCCUCAAAUACUGCUGUUCUACACAGUAGUUAUUUUUGCUCAGGGUAUGUUCCUUACUAGACAAUAGAAUUCCAGAGAAUCUCUUUUGCAAUAACUUUUUGCAACUAAAACUGGACCUGAAAUGAUUUGCUAUACUACAUGGGAUUCUUAGAAUACAUUGCAACUUGAUGGGAAAAUUUAGCUAUCCAAAUACAUAGCUUUAUCUUUAAAGUGUACUUUAGAACAGUGGAAUAUGAUCGUAACCUCGGUGGAAAAAAUACGGAAUAAUUUGCAGUGAGAAAUGAUGAAGACAAGUGAUGACUUUAAAACUUCACUAAGUAUUCAUAUAUGCAUGUAUUGCAAGAAUAUGCUGUACCCCACAAAUAUGUAUGUUAAAAUUAAAAGAAUUUU